CAAAGCAAAGACAUUCCUUUUCUUGAUAAUGCUUACAACUUGGUAUAUGAACUUUGUCUUCUAUUGAGACAUUAAACAAUGACAUUCACGUUAAAGCAUUGCCUUGAUUUUCAUAUACCAUAUUUGUGUUUGUCUGUAGAGAAAAAUCCAUUGACAAUGACAUAUCAAUGCUUUGGCAAAGCUUUAAUUUUGUCCCAUAGUGUAUUGGCCAAAAAUGCUUUGACAAUGACAUAUCAAUGCUUUGGCAAAGCUUUAAUUUUGUCCCAUAGUGUAUAGGCCAAAAAUGUGUUUCAUUUUUCCAACACAAUAUUUCAUCUGUCCUUAAUCAAACACAAACCUAUCCAUUUAAAAAAUCAGCAAUGCAACAUUCUUCUCUAACAUAAAUUUCUUCAACAAUGGAACCAAAUGAUCCAUCAAGUAAAGGGAUGAAGAAAAAAUUAACAGUUGCACAAAGCAAUUUUAUCAACAAAGGUAUGUCCAAAUGUUCUUCACCAUGUCAAAUAUAUAUUACUUGGGUAAUGAAAUGGAUAAUAUUAUUUCCAAUCAUGAUAGUUAUUUUAUUACCAUUGUAGAGAAUGUGUUUUGCACUAAAUCUUCAAUGAAACAAGUUAACAAGUUAUCCAGGGAGCCUUUUAGAAGUCCUCUUUCUCCAUUGAUGAAUGGUACACCAAUGCAUCAUUCUCCAACUCAAUCAAUAAGUCCUCCAUCCAUUGGUAAAUCUGAUUGCUCACUUGCAAGGAUGAAGAGAAAACAUGCAAUGUUGCAAAGAGGGUCUAAAGAAAAAAGAAUUGAUAAAGAGAAUGAGGAUUCUGACUAUGCUUUAAGAUAUCGUAACAAGAGACUAUCAAAGGAGGCACAAAAGAAUCCUAUCUCACCAUUGAUAAAUGAUUCAAGUGAGGCAUUGUCAUCUAUAGAGCAAGCAAAUGAUUCAAAAUCAGAAACGAGGAGAUCAUCUGAAUCAAUAAUUAACCCGUCUCUAACUUCUAUGAAUUCAUUUCCAUCAACACUAAGUCAUACCAUUUUGUGCAAGAGGAAGGUGUCAUCUCAACCAAUAACCUUACAAAGAAGUCCGCUAUCCAACAUUACGAACAUUGAAUAUGUUCCUUCUGGCAUGCCGCAAGUUCUAAAUACAACCAAAAAGGGACAAAAAACUAGAGUUCAAAAGAGAAGGAGAUUUAAAGAGCUUCCUAUUACAAGACUUAAUUUUGAUUCAAUAUUUGAAGAAGGUGGUCCAUCAUCAAACUCAUCAGCCAAUGGGGUUAAUGAAGAAAAUUGCAAUUUGGAUGCCUUCAAAGUAGAUAUAUAUGAUGAUGCUGAAAUCAAAGGAACUCUUUAUUUUGGAUCUCCAGAUGUCACAUGCAAAUGGUGCAAGGCUAAACUUUGGAUAGAAGAGAGGGCAAUAAGUCUAAACCACCGACCAUAGACUCUGAGUUUUCUCUAUGCUGUCAAAAGGGAUAUGUUGAUAUUCCAUACGUAGAGGAACCACCUAAACUACUGUUAUUAUUGAUUGAUGGAAGUGAACCUAGAAGCAAGCAUUACCAAGCCAACAUCAGAGCAUACAACAGUAUGUUUGCCUUUACAUCCCUUGGAGGCAAAGUGUUUACAAAGCUCAACAAUGGAAAUGGACCGCCUCAAUUUAUCUUAAAGUGGACAGAAUUAUCAUAGAAUUGGAAGUCUACUGCCUGAGCCUGGAAAUGCUCCAAAGUUUGCUCAACUAUACAUCUAUGACACUCAGAAUGAAAUUCAAAAUAGAACAAGAGUUUUUGAUGCAAGCGAUGGCGAUGGUGGGUUUGAUCUCUCAUUGGUGGAAGAUCUAAAAAACAUGUUGGACGAGUGUAACUCUCUGUGCAAAAGUUUUAGAAAGAUCCGUGAUAUGGUUGAACAGGGUCCACCUCCUAAGAUGGCUUUAAGAUUGUUUCGAAAGACGGAAAAAGACUCAAGGAUGCACAAUCUACCUACUGUAGAUGAAGUUGCUGGGUUGAUAAUAGGUGAUUAUGAUGAGACCGAGCAGGUAAGAGAUAUUAUAGUGGAUGAUGUACACAAAGGCUUAAGAAGGAUACAUGAGACACAUCCCUUAUACAUGCCACUUCAGUAUCCUUUAGUAUUUCCUAAGGGUGAUUAUGGUUAUGAGGAAGAUAUCCCUUAUAGAGAAUUUGAAGAUGAAAAUAGAAAAUCAAGAGGUUCAAGGGAUAGAGUUGCUAUCAGAGAAUAUAUUGCCUAUCGAAUUUAAGAUAGGGAUUGCGAGUUUGGAAACAUUGUUUAUGGAAGAAGAUUGCUUCAGCAGUUUUCCGUUGAUAGUUACACAAUGAUUGAAGCUCAAAGGCUAUCUUAUAUUCGGAAUAACUAGGGAAAUAUUCGUUCAGAUUUGUUGAAUGGAUUACAAGAAGCAGUUGAGAUGGGAGACAAUGACCCGCGGAAAGCUGGACAGCGUGUCAUACUUCCCGAUUCCUUUACAAGUUCACCAAGGUACAUGUUUAAUAACUGUCAAGAUGCAAUGGCAAUUUGCAAGAGAUUUGGCUACCCGGACCUAUUCAUCGCAGUAACUUGCAACCAAAAUUGGAAAGAAAUCAAGGAAUUUGUUACAGAGAGAGGCCUUAGUGCAUCUGACAGGCCCGAUAUUAUUUGUAGAGUUUUUAAGAUGAAGCUUGAUCAAAUGAUGGCAGACUUUAAGAAGGAUGAAAUGUUUGGCAAAGUUACAGCAGGUAUGUAUACUGUAGAAUUUCAAAAGAGGGGGCUACCACAUGCACACAUUCUUUUAUGGUUAGAAGGUGUCAACAAACUGCACACAACUAAGGAAAUAGAUAGGGUGAUAUCUGCAGAGAUUCCCCAUCCACAACUAUAUCCAAAGUUGCACUUGGCCGUUUCAAC